UAGGAGGGAUGCAAAUGAGCGAUAAAAGCCGAACCGAUUCUCAUCUUCUAGUCACUAACACCGGCAGAGGAAGGAGCAGGUGGACACAAUGCACGUGGACCGAGUGACUCUGACUGUUGCUAUUCUCUCCUUUCCUUUACUCACAUUAUGUGACCCACUAUAUAUUCUGUCAGCCCCUAAUUUGAUGAGGGUGGGUUCCCUAGAGAACGUAUUUGUGGAGGCUCAGGACUACUCUGGAGGAGACCUGAACGUGAGGAUCUCAGUAAAGGACCACCCACGCAAAAACAUAGAGAUAGUGUCCAAAUCUGUAAUACUGGAAAAUAAAAAACAUUUCCAGAUCCUUACAGAUAUUAAGAUUCCUAGUGAUAAAAACUAUUUCACUGAUGAUCCUCUGGAGAAGCAGUACGUGUAUCUACAGGCUCACUUUCCAAAAAACGUUCUGGAGAAAGUGGUCAUGGUCUCUUUCCAGUCUGGAUAUAUAUUCUUACAAACAGACAAGCCCCUCUACACACCUGCUAGCACAGUUAAUUACAGGAUCUUCUCCUUAACUCCUGAUCAACAUCCACUCGAUAGAAGUUCUGUCUCAGUUGAAGUUAUGAAUCCGCAGGGCAUCACACUCAAGAGAGAUACAUCCUUACCUACUGGAGGGAUCAUGACUGGAGCAUUUGCUAUACCUGAAAUUACCAGCUCUGGGGUUUGGAAGUUGAUUGCGAUGUACACAAACACCCCGCAGAAGAACUUCACUAUUGAUUUUGAAAUCAUGGAAUAUGUGCUGCCGAGCUUUGAAGUGAGAUUAAAGCCAAACCGCCCAUUCUUCUAUGUGAAUGAGGACUCUCUGAAAGUUGAAAUAAGUGCUAAGUACUUGUUUGGUAAUAAGGUGAAAGGAGCUGCGUUUGUGGUGUUUGGUGUGAUUGAAAAUGAGAGAAAAACAAGCAUUGCUGCCUCUCUGCAAAGGACUCCGAUAUUUAAUGGAGAAGGGAAGGCUGAGCUGACAAGCCAAAUGAUCAAAGGAACCUUCCCAGACAUCAACCAGCUGGUCGGGAAAUCUAUUUACAUUUCAGCCAGUGUUUUAACAGAAACUGGCAGUGAAAUGGUAGAAGCUCACAUGAGAGGUAUUCAGAUUGUGACAUCACCGUACACCAUCCACUUCAAAAGAACGCCACAAUACUUCAAACCUGGAAUGUCCUUUGACGUCUCGGUUUAUGUGACAAAUCCUGACCAAACACCUGCUAAAAAUGUGGAAGUGGAGGUCAACCCUGGAGGGGUCAACGGUCGAACCAAAGCCAAUGGCAUUGCAAAGGCUACCAUCAAUUCUCAGGGAGGAUCUUCUACACUGGAGAUCACUGUAAAGACUAAGGAUCCUCAAUUAAAAGCUGAACAGCAGGCAGUGAAGAAGAUGACAGCUCAAGCCUACAAGCCCAAAGGUGGCUCCAACAACUACCUUCAUAUUGGCAUUGAUGCUGCAGAGCUUGAGAUUGGUGAUCAAAUCAAAGUCAACCUGAACCUUGGAAAAAGCCCUGGAGUCCAAAACCAGGAUUUCACCUACAUGAUCUUAAGUAAAGGGCAGAUUGUGAAAGCUGGCAGGUUUAAAAGGGAAGGACAGGCUUUAGUGACUCUAUCUCUACCUGUAACCAAAGACAUGGUGCCCUCCUUCCGUUUUGUGGCAUUUUACCAUGUGGGCUCUGAGGUGGUGUCUGACUCAGUCUGGGUUGAUGUGAAGGACACAUGCAUGGGAAAGCUCAAAGUAGAGGUGAAGGACCCAACACAAUAUGGCCCAGGAGAUGAGUUCAGCUUGAGAAUAACUGGAGACCCAGAGGCUAAAGUUGGGCUGGUGGCUGUGGAUAAGGCUGUGUAUGUCCUUAAUGACAAGAACAGACUCACUCAGACAAAGAUCUGGGACAUCAUAGAGAAACAUGACACUGGCUGUACAGCAGGUAGUGGAAAGGACAGUAUGGGGGUUUUCUAUGAUGCAGGUCUGAUGUUUGAGUCCAACAGUGCAGGAGGCACCAACACCAGAACAGUACAUGAGUGCGCUGAACCAUCUAAGAGAAAACGGAGAGCUGUGAGCCUUCUACAGGUCACUAAUACUCUGGCUGGUAAAUAUACUGGUGAGCUGAAGAUGUGUUGUGUGGAUGGAAUGCAGGACAAUAAAUUCGGCUUCAGUUGUGAACGACGAGCCGGAUUCGUCUUAGAUGUAGAUGAAUGUGUCCAGGCCUUUCUGUACUGCUGCAAGGAGAUAUCAAAGCACAGGAAAUUCUCGGCAGAGGAAGAACUCAUGCUUGCACGCAGUGAGGAAGAUGAAUUUGAUGAAUCAGAUGAUAUCUUGGUUCGUACACAGUUCCCUGAAAGCUGGCUUUGGGAGGAGAUCAAACUACCCGCCUGUCCUGAUAACAAGCUGUGUGAUGAAACCUCUAUCUUGAGAGAAGGACUCUACCUGAAAGACUCCAUCACCACCUGGGAGAUCACAGCCAUUAGCUUGUCUAAGAAUCUUGGAAUAUGUGUGGCAAAUCCUUAUGAGAUCACAGUAAAGAAGGAUUUUUUUAUUGAUCUAAGAAUGCCUUAUUCAGCUGUGAGGAAUGAACAAGUGGAAAUAAAAGCUAUUCUUCACAACUACAGCAACCAAAACCAAAAGGUGCGUGUACAAUUCAAGACAUCAGAGGGUAUUUGCAGCAGUGCCACAAAAAGAAACAAAGACAAGAAAACUGUUAAUGUUGGCGCCAUGUCGUCCGCAACUGUCCCACUUGUGAUCAUACCCAUGGAGCUGAAAGAGCAAUGGAUUGAAGCUAUUGCACUUAGCUCUACUCGGAAUGACGCGAUAAGAAAGAAUCUGAAGGUGGUGCCUGAAGGUGUGCUUACUGAAGUUGAGCAGGCAAUUGUGGCGAUUAACCCCUCCGAGCACCCAGAUGGCUUGCAGAGGGUGUCUAUGAGAAGUGACAUCCCAGCUCGAAAGGUUCCAAACACACCUGCUUCCACAUACAUCUCAGUGAGAGGUGAGGAGAUAACUCGCACAGUUGAGCAGGCCAUCAAAGGAGAUUUCAUGGGUGAGCUUAUCGUCCAGCCUCAUGGAUGUGGAGAGCAGACUAUGAUCUAUAUGACACUACCUCUCAUUGCCACUCAUUACCUGGACAGCACCAAUCAGUGGGACGCUGUUGGCAUGAACCGCCGUGAUGAAGCCAUUAAACACAUCAACACUGGUUAUAAGCAGGAGCUGCACUUCCGUAAAUCUGAUGGGUCUUACGGUGCCUGGGUGCACACACCCAGCAGCACAUGGCUCACUGCGUAUGUGGCUAAAAUAUUUGCGAUGGCCAGAGAUCUCAUUGUCAUAGAGGAAAAUGUGAUCUGCAGCGCCCUUGGUUGGAUAGUAAAGAACAAACAGCAGGCGGAUGGCAGCUUUAAGGAGGAUGCCCCUGUGUAUCACAGCGAGAUGGUGGGUGAUGUUCGGGGCAAAGAUGCAGAUGCCUCUCUGACUGCAUUUAUCCUGAUUGCCAUGCAAGAGGGGAAGAUGAUUUGUGCCCAAUCUGUCAAUAAUUUGCAGAGCAGUAUAGACAAAGCUGUUAGUUACCUGAUGCUCAGAGUUCACAGUCUGAAAAAUCCUUAUGCUGUUGCAAUGACAUCUUACGCUUUGGCCAAUGCUGGCAAACUCUAUAAAGACAUCUUGAUGAGUCAUUCCACCCAAAGUAAAGAUGGAUUGUUAUGGCAAGUUCCUGGACAGCACCACCACUCUCUUGAGGCCACAAGCUAUGCAUUGCUGGCCCUGGUGAAGACAAAGGAUUUCGAGAAUGCAGGGCUGGCAGUGCGCUGGCUGGGAAAACAACAAACUCGCUAUGGAGGUUACGGUACCACACAGGCAACAAUCAUGGUAUUCCAGGCUGUGGCUGAAUACCGCAUCCUGGUAAAGAACGCAGACAUUAAUUUGAACCUGGAUCUCUCGGUGCAGGAGAGAAAAGAUAAAACCAAAUGGACCUUCACAAAUUCCAUCAGACAUAUUUCACGUUCAGACAAGUUUGACAUAACUAAGAGCUUCAAUAUCACUGCUCAAGGGACAGGGAUGGCCACUCUCUCAGUAUUUUCUCUGUAUUAUGCUCUGCCCGAUGAGAAAGACAAUGCAUGUAAUAUGUUUGAUCUCAGUGUGCAGAUGGAAAAACACCAUGCAGUUUCUUAUGAUGGAGCCACUGAAACUUACCAGCUCACCAUUGAAUACAUUUUCAAGAAUCCAACAAGAACUUCUACCAUGUCGAUUUUGGAUGUUGGCCUUCUGACAGGGUUUAAGGUGGACGAACGAGAUCUUUUAAAGUUAUCUACUGGAAAAGAUAAGUACAUUCAGAGCUUUGAGCUGGACAAGGAGCUUUCAGAACGAGGAUCUCUGAUCAUUUAUGUAGAUAAGGUGUCUCAUACAGAGAAGGACGGAAUUGUCUUCAGAAUACAUAAGAUGAAUAAUGUGGGCAUGCUUCAGCCAGCUGCAGUCACUGUGUACGAGUACAACGCUCCAGAUAAGCGUUGUAUGAAGUUCUACCAUCCUGACAAGAAAGAUGGAGCGCUGCAUAGACUCUGCAGUGACGAGUUGUGCCAGUGUGCAGAAGAGAGCUGCAGUAUGCAAAAUACUGGAAAAAUUGAUGAGAAAAAACGUGAUGAGAAGGCCUGUGCACAUGAAGUGGAAUACGUUUAUAAAGCCAGGGUGAUGGAUAUGGAAUUUUCACUACACGGAGACAUCUAUAACAUGACGAUUGAACAAGUACUGAAGGAAGGUUCUGAUCCAGUUGUGGAAGGUAACAUUAGGUCUUUCUUGGCACAUCCUAAUUGUCGGAGGUAUCUGAAAUUUGAAAAAGGCAAGUCCUUCCUGAUCAUGGGCCAGACCACAACACUUCCAAGGAUUGGAGGAAGAUUGAGGUAUCACUUUGGUGAGGACACCUGGAUUGAAUACUGGCCAACACAAAAGGAGUGCCAGAUGGCACAGUACAGAGAUCCGUGCAUCGGCAUUACCACUCUCGCCAAAAUACUCACCCAAUUUGGAUGCACCACCUAAACAUUUUCAAGAGCAGAAAUUAAUUUAGUAAUCAUUAAUGGCCUUAACUGCCUUAAAGUCACAACUUUGAUUUAAUUCUAAUGCAUUUGUAAUUUUAAAGCUUUAGGAGCAUUUACAGAUAGUUGUUUUAAAGCUUCAUGCAAUAUGUUUAAUCUGACUGCAUAAAAUAUAAUCAAAUUCAUUUGUCAAAUAAAAUUUGCAA